AUGACAACUCCACGUACAAAAAACCCUAUACCAGACUGGAUAUCCACCCCCUACCCACACGUCCAACACUCGCUAAUCACCUUUCCGGCGAAACAUAUCCUCCUCGUCACCAUCAACCGCCCCAAAUACAUGAACUGUCUUCCCGUCGAAGCCACACUCGAGCUCGGUGCACUCUGGAAAUGGUACGACGCAGAGCCUGAACUGCGGUGCGCCGUCUUCACCGGGGCCGGGAACAAGGCGUUUUGCGCUGGCAUGGAUUUAAAGCAGAGGCUAGAUAUCAUACACACAGAUGAGAUUGCGCACGAGUAUCCCAGUGGAGGAUUUGCAGGGAUGAGCAAUAGGACGGGGAAGAAGCCAAUUGUAGUGGCUUGUAACGGACAUGCUCAUGGUGGUGGCUUUGAAGCAAUCCUCAACGCAGACGUCAUCUUCGCAUCUCCCAACGCCACCUUUGCGCUCCCAGAAGUCCUGCGCGGCGUCUCUGCGCUUGCGGGCGCUCUCCCGCGUAUCUUCCUCCUCUUUGGUAACCAUCGCGCUAUGGAUCUUAUACUCACCGGACGCCGUUUAUCCGUCGAGGAAGCUCUUUCAUGGGGGCUGGUGAAGGAAAUAGUACCGCAGGAGAAAUUGCUGAAUAGAACGAUAGAUUAUGCAAAGGAGAUUGCGAGCCUGAGUCCUGAUAGCGUUAUUAUUUCAAGGUUGGCGGCGCGAGAAGCGUGGGAGACAGGUGUUAGCCGGGCGACGAUGAGGGGGCAGGAACUUUGGGCGGAGAAUAUGCUGAGGAGUAAGAAUGCGUCCGAGGGGUUGGCGGCUUAUAGGGAGAAGAGGCAACCGAGUUGGAAGAGGAGUUAUUUGUAA